UUUAUAUCUCUUGAUUUAACUUCUGGUUAUUGGCAAGUAGAAGUUAAAGAGAAAGAUAAAGAAAAGACUGUAUUUAUUACUAAAUAUAGUCUUUAUGAAUUCAAUGUGAUACCUUUUGGACUUUCAAAUGCCUCUCCACAUUUCAAAAACUUAUGA